GAAAAUCAAAGUACAUUUUCUUUUAUCUUAGACAGGUACACAUACCGACCAAAGUACUCUCAUCCUGCGUCCGCUAUGUUGUAACUAAAAUGUACGAAACCGGCGUCCAGUCUAUUCUACGAUGUAGGCAGUGCAAUAAGCCUUUCGACAAGGAGUCUACAUUGAAGAGACAUGGCUAUUAUUGUCGGUCUCGAAAAGUUGGUGGCAUUACUCGUCCUCGAUCUUGUACUUCAUGCGCUAGAGGGAAGGCGGGUUGCGACAAGAAGCGACCCAAGUGCUCCAGGUGUAUGAUCAAGGGCAUUGAAUGCUAUUACCCGAGCACACCCAAGCCUACAGCUUCAGAGACUCGCCAUAGUGAUGGUGCGUCUGCUGGGUCGAGCAAGACGACAUCUUCGUCGGCCACCAAUUCUUCUAAGUUGGGCUAUGUCGAAGAGCCAAGUAAUAAUGGUGAUGAUAAUAUCAAUAUCAUACUCGAAGAUGCGUUUGUUACACCAAUAAACCCGGACUUCGUGGGCCUUGAAGGCCAGUUUCUUGAAUGGGAUGCCGCCAGCUUCGGUCUUGCCGACUUUUUGGAUACACCGACAAUGGACCCCUAUUUCCCAUCAGGGCUAUCUCCUCUGAUACACCGCUCGACACCUGCAACUGAUCAAACGGCCAGGACACGACAGGAUCUCCCCUUGCCCAAUUCCUCAAUACCAGCAGCACCAAGCUACACCAUCCGAUCAUUUAUCCAACGACCAAGAGUGCAGGCCAGUGCGCAACGAAUCGCCAAUCUCAUAUUCCAUACUCUGAAAUCGUAUCCCCGGAUGCUGCUGCGUCAUAGUACCCUCCCGCCCCUGAUCCAUCCGUGCUUAGUGUCAAUCGAUUUCGAGAAUCCCCAAAUGGAACCGUUGAUGAAUUGCAUCAGCUUAGUGCAUAUGAUCAGCCACCGGGUCCAGGGGAGUAGGAAGUUGUUCUGGAGGAAUGUUCGGCAGGAGUGUGAACGUUUGGUACAAGAGCAUCCGAAUCUAGGCCAGUGGGAGCUACUUGCAGGCAUGCAGGCUCUCUCGAUCUACAUCCUCAUACGGUUGGAUGAAGGCGAGACGGACUACAACAACUUUGACUACCUAUUACUAAAGACCUUCAUUGCGAUUUCUCAGCAAUUCACCCAACGCGAUAAUGCCCGAUUCACGCUCCAUACACCGGGCGGCGAUGGACCCGAAAUGAGUUGGAAAGACUGGAUUUUCAGGGAAUCACGACGCAGACUAGGCGUGGUCUAUCGAGUAGUGAACAUGCUCAUCUAUUUCGAGCCCGCGCCCAUGUGUGAGAUCCCUACAGGCCUCCUCAUAGCACCACUGCCAGCGAAACGGCAGCUAUGGGAAGCCGGCGACGAGCUAACGUGGAAGAUGGAAUGUCAGAAGGAGUCGGGGAUCCAGACAACCUUUGGCUUGGCCACUGACGGCGAGAUCAUCAGAUUAGAGGAUCGUUUAUCAAGCGACGAUCUGUGGCCAUCCAGUCGCCCUAUAGAUUCUGGGACCGCUCCAUUGAGGAGGAGUGAGAGCUGGGAAGAUUGGUGCUUGGGGUUAGAUGGCUUUGGCGGGCUAGUCAUGCUUGCUGCCUCCUUGGUUGUAUAGACACGGCUAGGUUAGGCUACUGUAAACCACACGCCAGUAUGUUUAUACGGAUAUUAAAGGGGGUUUAAAGGCUUAUCAAGAUCCCAACAUCAACAAAGCUUUCAUACUGCAAAUUCAGUAUUCAAAAUCGGGGGUGUAAAACAGCCGUAUAUAAAGGCCUCUAAAU